AUGAAGUCGGGUAAAGCGGCAGGACCAUCGGGAAUAGUAGUGGAGAUGAUCAGAGCCGAAGGUGACACAGGUGUAUCCAUGAUCCGUGACCUUGCAUCCUCAAUUGUCCAUGAUGGCAAGGUCCCCACUGACUGGGAGCAGAGUUUCAUUGUCUGCUUCUACAAGGGCAAGGGUGAUGCUCUUUACAGGGGCAACUACUGUGGACUCAAACUAACAGAACAAGUCAUGAAAGUCCUGGAGAGGAUUGUGGACAGCCUCAUUAGGCAGUUGGUGACAAUCGAUGACUCCAAGUUUGGCUUCGUCCCUGACAGAGGUACAACUGACGCAAUAUUUGUUGUUCGGCAGCUGCAGGAAAAAUAUCUCGCAGUAAACAAAUGGCUCUAUUUGGCGUUCGUGGAUCUCGAAAAGGCAUUUGACCGUGUCCCUCGGAAGGUGAUCUGGUGGGCACUGCGAAAACUUGGUGUGGAAGAGUGGAUUGUGCGUCUGGUGCAGGGGAUGUAUGCCAAUGCCCGUAGCUGUGUCCGCGUUGGUGAUGGCUACAGUGAGGAGUUUGCUGUGAGGGUCGGAGUCCAUCAGGGGUCAGUACUCAGCCCUCUGCUUUUCAUCAUCGUACUCGAGGCUCUUUCACGCGAAUUUCGCACCAGUGUUCCCUGGGAGGAUCUGUAUGCUGAUGACCUGGUCAUCAUUACUGACUCGUUGGAUGAAUGUGUCAAGAGGCUUCUGACUUGGAAAGAAGCUAUGGAAAGGAAAGGACUGCGAGUGAAUGCGGGCAAAACCAAGAUCCUGAUCUGCGGUAUGGGUCUUGACCUACUUCAGGACUCGGGCAGCUUCCCAUGUGCUGUCUGUCGUACAGGUGUAGGCAGCAAUAGUAUUUUGUGCAAUGGCUGCAAGCUCUGGGUGCACAAGAAAUGCAGUGGGCUCUUGCGCCUGUCUGUGGACCCUGACUUCAGAUGUUCAAGAUGCAGGGAAAUUGCUCGACCUCUUGACGGCAGGCUGCAGAGUGAUAUCCAAGUUGGUCUGGACAAAUUGGGGGUUGUAGGCUCCUUCUGCUAUCUCGGAGACAUGCUUUCCGCAGCUGAUGGCUGUGACCUUGUAGUCACUACGCGUGUGAAGACCGCUUGGAAGAAGUUCAGGGAGCUGCUACCAGUCCUGACAUCACGCCACCUGUCGUAUAAGACCCAUGGUCGAGUAUAUAACACCUGCGUACGGAGCGCUAUGCUCCAUGCCAGUGAGACCUGGGCACUGACCAAGCCAAAUCUUCAUCGCCUACUACGCAAUGACAGGGCUAUGAUAAGACAGAUCUGUAACAUCAAGCCUGAAGAUGUGGCCACUGUAAGUUCAACUGAAUUGCUGGGGCGGCUUGGCAUAGAUGACCUCGACCUCAUCUUAAGGGAAAGGAGACUCCGCUGGUAUGGCCACGUUGUCAGAUCCAGCAGUGCAGUCAAGUGCGCUCUAAACAUACAAGUUCCUGGGAGACGUAGAGUUGGUUGGCCAAUGCUAUCUUGGAGAGAGCUGACGGAGAAAGAUCGUAGAGAAUGGAAGCUCUCUACUGCCGACCCUCAAGACCGGAAAGAAUGGAGAUCUGAGCAUGGAAUGGAAACAAGUAGAAGUGGUGAUGCUGUUUCCUGUAUGGACAUCAAGUCCAACUCUAAAGCAGAGUCCACGUCCAUGAUAUUGUAA